ACUUUGCAUAGGUCUCCUCGUGUGCGUAUGGUGUUCGUUUCCGCUGGGACACAGUGGACAUCUCGUCGAUCUGCGGAUGACAGAAUCUGUUUCCACACUGUGACGUCGUUAAUGCACAUUUUCUCGCUGGUAGCAAUACAACGGACAGAGAUUGCUGACGCUCUUCAGUCUGUACUUCGGGGCAAGUCAACUUCUGCAGGAGAAAGAACCAAGACCAAACCGGCCUGUCGAGUAACGCACCAGAUUACCACCAUAUUGCAGAUCAGAACAACGGGAAUACGGCUACAUCAUGCAAGUGUAUGAGCCCAUGACAGUGACGGCAAGACCGGAACACGGAUGUGACAGCGUCACAACAUACGAAUGCAAGCCUGGGUGUUCCGAAGAUCAAGCUUACACUAGGAGGGUGUUGCACAUCUGCAACGGUAGGCCACCAACAUGGGAGGUCCGAGAACGACCGUUUGUUCAUGUCGGCAGGCCCACACCACGACGAAGCUCGUUUCUCUCCCGUCUUGGCAGAUGCAAGAUGAAACUAUGGCCGCUGAAAUCUUCAACAAGCAUAAAACUGUUGACAAUACUAGGUGUACUGCUUGUGGUGUGUAUGUGUGCGGCUGUCAUCAGGGUAUACGUGCUCCUAGAGGUCACAUGCGAGAACUGCAUCGAAUACACACCAUUUGUGUCGCCCUCUGCGCUAGGAGUCUACAAGCGAUGGGCUACGUCUACUGACGCUGCUCCUUGUUCUGCUGUACCAAAGCGCAUCUUUGCAAAGAACGGAACACUUGCAGAUGCUGCUGUGGCCACGAUGCUAUGUAUGGGUGUCGUGUUGCCUCACUCGAUGGGAAUCGGUGGUGGAUUCCUUGCCACUGUUUAUGAAAGGAACACAAAAAAAUCAUGGUCACUCAUCGCACGUGAAAGAGCUCCAUCAGCUGCAAAGAAAACCAUGUUUGUUGGACAGCCUUCUGCCUCAGUGAAAGGUGGCAAAGCGGUAGGCGUUCCAGGUGAGUUACGUGGCUACCAAGCUCUCCUCGAACGAAUGGGGAGUAAUCUGCCGUGGAAAGACCUCUUUGAAGACGCUAUCAAGUUGGCUAGGGACGGAUUCCCUGUUCAGUUUCAUCUUUCUAAUGCUAUGAAUAUGAAGAAAGAAGCAAUAUAUGAGAAUCUCAACAUGAGAAAAGUGUACUGGAAUACCACAAGUAACGACACCCUGAAAGAUGGCGCUCUGCUGUUUCAAAAGGAUCUUGCGGAUACUUUACAAGACAUUGCCGAGAAUGGCGCUGAUUAUUUCUACAACGGGGAGUUCGCUGAGGCGCUCGUCGAAGAGAGCUUGGUCAACCCUACAGGAGGCAUCCUAACAGUAAAUGAUCUCAAGGAUUACAAAGCUGAGUGGCUGAACCCAAUUAUGGUAAAAUUCAUGGAUGGUCGCACGCUCUAUUCCACGCCACCGCCUGGUAGUGGUAUCGUUCUAGCCUACCUUUUAAAGAUUAUAGAAAGCUACAAGAACGCACCAAACGCGUUUCUUGACGACAACGUUUUGACGCUACACAGGUUCGCCGAAGCUUGCAAGUUCGCUUACGCACAAAGGGCACAUCUUGGAGACUCACUUUUCGUGGACAUCAAAGAUUUGUUGGAGAACAUGACGUCCACUUGGCUGCCGGAGCAGUCAAAGGGCAGGAUCAGCGACAGUCAAACGUUUAGUGACCCUAGGCACUACGACGGCAAUCAGAAAUUCACGGAAGACCAUGGAACCGCGCACGCAUCUUUCUGGGGUCCAAACGGAGACGCCAUUGCCAUUUCUAGCACAGUCAAUUACUACUUCGGAAGCUUAGUGAGGACGAGCAGAGGUGUGGUGCUCAACAACCAGAUGGAUGAUUUCUCGACGCCUGGCUUCAGCAACACCUAUGGAAUCGCACCCUCGAUGUCCAACUUUAUUCAACCUGGCAAGAGACCCAUGUCCUCUAUGGCGCCCGCCAUUUUCGUAAAUCCGUACGGCAGCGUCGACCUCGUCCUCGGUGGAGCUGGAGGAGCUAAGAUCACUUCCAGCAUAGCACUGGUGUCAAUGAAGAAUUUGUGGCAGGGUUACAGUAUCAAAGAAGCCAUUGAUUUUCCUAGGCUCCAUCAUCAACUGAUCCCAAAUAUCUUGGAUGUGGAGAAAAGCUUCCCGCAGGCAUACGUUGAGAGAUUAAAAGCCAGAGGACAUCAUGUGAACCGUCCGAAGGGAAGGUUCUCCAUUAUAAUGGGCAUCAGCCGUUACCAGGAUCGUAUUCAUGCCAAUGCAGACUACAGAAAAGGCGGCGCAGUUGACGGAGAAUAAUACGUGCGCGGGUACAUAUAGAGUUUCAUCAUGAAGCUUGAGGUGCCGAUCACGCAUCCCACACGAUAUCCAUAUGUUUUAUGUUGUUUUUAUGUUGGUUUAUUAUGGACGUAUGUCCAUUAGAGACUGCAUGGUGACAGCUUCUUAUGAUGAAAUUGUUUUAUUUGAGUUCGUAAGGCGCAACUUGUCUCCUGACUUAUUCCUGCAUCGUAGCACACUUUGUUCUAUAUUUUCAAACAGUCUUGACAAUAAAACUUCACAAAUCGUU